CGCAUUUAAAUACACAUGAAACAAGGGAGAGGGAGACACAGGGAAACCACGAGUUCAGUCCUCCUCAGUAGUGAACUCAUCAACUCUACCGCAAAUGACGGUGUUCGGCCACUCAGGCGGCGGUGGUUUUCGCGGCGGAGGAAGGCAGGUCUUUCCCUUGGAUGAAGAAGCAGAGGUGUCGCAGAGACUCCUCGAGGCUUCGCUCCUCGACGAUCUGAGUUCCGCCUCCGAAUGCAUCGCUGAUCCGUCUGUCCACGUCAAUUACGUCGGCGCCGUCUGCUUGAAGCUCCGGAAGUCCGAGCUGGUGCUCCGAGAGCAACUCCCUUGCGAAAUUCGGGUGGCCUCUGAGGAGUUGAGGACUGACGUCACUGCGUUGUUCCUCGCCGUUCAUAACGGAAACGUUCCGCUUGUCCGGAAGCUACUGGUAAUUGCUGUUUCAAAAUUUAAACUCCUGUGUAGUCACUUUUAUUCCUCCCUCGUUAAACUUGUGUGAGAUCCGUUUUUUUCGAAUCGAUGUCAGUCACUCUUUAAAAGUAAAAACUAUUUACCGUCCUAAACAUCAACUUUUUAUUGCUUAUUAUAAUUGCAAAAUCAAUGAAAAGUGCUGUUAACGUAAUCGAAUGGUACAUUAGGCUUGACAUCUCAGUCAGAAGUUCCGAAUCCUGUGAAAAUUUCAUAUUCUUAUAUGUUGAACUUCAGAAAACAAAAAUGUUUUGAGAAAAUUCUCUAUAGCGCUAAUUAAAUUCACAAAUCUGGGUGACUGAGCUUGAGAUCCCAGUUCUUCUUCUCUCUAUGAAUUUUGAUGAGUUUACUUUGAUAAACUUGGCAUACAUGGGUCGAUACCGCUAUGUGAUCUCACAUUAAUUGCUGCGCAUUUGCAUUUUAUAAAAAUAAGAUUUCAGAAUGUUCUUUUGGAUUUUCUGUCAUAGUUAUUUCUCUGUGUUUGGUUGGUUGGACUUUGGAUAUUGGGUGUUUCGCAUUUUGUGGUAUUUGUGUUUGAAAUUUGAAAUAGUGCCUCAAAAUCUUUAUCUCACACUCAACACCUUUUAUCCCCUGUACAGAACCGCUGAGUGUUACUUUUUCCACCAAUAAAGGUGUUUGUGCGCGUUAUUAAGAAGUUCAACAUUGCUGUCCUGUCCGUUUGUUUCAUUGCAAUUGUUACACAUACUCAAUUUACACUUUCCCUCAAACCUCUUUUCGCUAGUUCCGGAGGGAGGGGGAUCAUGUUGAUUUUCAUAUUGGAUAACUUGAUUUGAUUCAUUCAAAGAAUGAGGAGGAUCAGUUUAUUUUGAACUACAAGAUUUUUUCUUUUAGUACACUUCACGUGUGGUGGAUUCAUAUUAGAAUGAAUUAUAUACAUUUAUGAUAGAAACAUUCAAUUUUCAGCAUAUGCAUAAACAUUGUCUACCAUAUAAUGCUUUUGCUACCAAAUGGUUGUAAUGCUUUUGUAUUAAAUGGCAGAGUGUUGGAGCUGAUGUUAACCAGAAAGUAUUCAAAGGGUAUGUACUGACUGCUGCGGUGAGGGAAGGAAACCUCGAGAUGUCUGAGAUUUUACUCCGAGCUGGAGCAUCUCAACCAGCUUGUGAGGAAGCUUUGAUAGAAGCUAGCUGUCACGGGCACUCAAAGAUAGCAGAGAGACUUAUGGCAUCUGAUAUGAUUAGGCCACAGAUAGCUGUACAAGCCCUUGUCACAGCCUGCUGCAGAGGAUAUGUGGAUUUAAUCAAUGUCCUUGUUGAGUGCGGAGUGGAUGUGAAUGCAAAUACUCGGCUGCUGCUCCAAUCAAAAAAGCCUCCCCUGCAUGCCAACGUUGACUGUGUCCCUCUUGUGGCAGCUGUUGUUAGUAGGCAGGUUUCUGCUGUCCGCCGUCUGCUUGAGGCUGGUGCCAGAACCGAUAUCAAGGUACAACUAGGAGCAUGGUCGUGGGACACAGUUUCUGGUGAAGAAGGUAGAGUUGGUGCAGGACUAGCAGAGCCCUAUCCAAUUUCCUGGUGUGCUGUGGAGUAUUUUGAAGCAACAGGUUCUAUUUUGCAUAUACUUCUCCAACAACAUGAUUUGCCCCUUAGCACUACACACCUUGGGAGGGCCAUACUUCACCAUGCUGUUCUUUGUGGCAACACACUGGCAGUCAAGAUGCUCUUGAAAUGUGGUGCUGAUGUAGAAACUGUUGCGGAAACCAUGAACAAAGCUGAAUUUCGCUCGAUACAUAUUGCUGCACGACUAGGAUUAUCAGCUGCUCUUCAAUGCCUGAUUGAGUCAGGCUGUGAUGUUAAUUCUACCACGAAAUCAGGCGAGACAGCUUUGAUGCUUUGUGUUAAGUAUAGGAGGGAAGAAUGCUUGACAACUUUGGCGAAAGCUGGUGCUGAUUUUGGAUUGGUCAAUUUAGGUGGUGAAUCUGUGAUGACUGUGGCCAAGGCCAACCGUUGGCAUCUUGGUUUUCAAGAAGCAAUGAUAGAUGUAAUUCGAAAUGGAACAGUUCCGAAAUCAAGCUGCAUAUCAAUCUUUUCUCCUUUGAUGUUUGUAGCACAUGUAGGAGAUGUCCUAGCUCUACAAGCAGUGAUUGCACAGGGCAGUAUCAAUCUCGAUGCUCAGGAUAGCAGAGGUUUCUCAGCACUUAUGAUUACUGCAGUGGAAGGUCAUGUUGAAGCAUUUCGCCUGCUAGUUUAUGCCGGAGCUGACUUGAAACUCAGGAACAAGUCCGGGGAGAAUGCCAUAUUUCUUUCUCAAGUAAAUGAAAAACGUGAACAUUUUGAGAAGGUGAUGCUGGAAUUCGCCAUCGAAAAGGGCAACUGCAUAUUCGCUGGAGGAUAUCCAUUCCAGGCCUUACAUUUUGCUGCUCGUCAUGGUGAGUUAGAUGCAGUGAAGCUGUUGAUUAGUAGAGGUUACAACAACAUAAACAGCCCAGACACAAAUGGCUACACUCCACUCAUGCUGGCGGCUAAGGAAGGCCAUGCACACGUCUGUCAACUCUUGAUUGGUUCUGGAGCACAAUGCAAACUCAAAAACGCCAACGGCGAAACAGCCCUGUCACUCGCAAGGAAGAGUGGAUCAGGAAGUACAGAGAACACGAUACUGGAUGGAUUAGCUCGGGAGUUGGUACUGAAUGGCACACGUGUUCUGAAGCACACUAAAGGAGGAAAAGGGUCGCCUCAUAUGAAAGUUCUUAAAAUGGAGGGGGGACCUGCUGGAGUAGUACUGAGAUGGGGUAACUCGAAAAGAAGGAACGUUGUGUGUCUAGAAGCAGCUUUAGGACCAAGUUCAAGCUUUGAAACGAUUCGGCAAAAGAGAGGUGAUCAUUGCGCUGGAGAAGCUGGACUGUUUCGAGUGAGAACCAAGAACAAGGAAGUUCACUUUGUUUGUGAAGGUGGGAUUGAAAUGGCUGAGUUAUGGGUGAGAGGAAUUAAACUUGUCACUAGAGGAGGGACUAAUUCUGGUUAGUGAGGUGAUAUUGUGCAUUGUUAGCUGUUUGCUUUCGUGUAUAUAAAACGUUUUUUUGUUAAGCAAGUACUCCAUCUCGAAGUACUUGAAAAUUUAACCUCUCCGGCCUUAUAGUCUCCAUUGUAAAUGCAAAUUGCGGUGACAAAAUCGGAAAUUUUGGUUGCACUUGUUAGAUUUUUGCAUUCACUUUUUCUCUUGCGUUGGUGCCCUGCUGUUUCGAUUGCAAUUACAACACGAUCACACCUAUUCAAUUCACAUUUUCCC